GUUGAUGUGUUUGUUCUGUGGAAAAUGGUACUGUGUCGUAGCGCGUCAAAGUAAGCGAGACCUCAAAAAGGAGGACGGCAGAAAAUCGCGUGUCCAUCUUCUUUAGCAAAACUUCGGUAGUUCGGCGGUGGUUAAUCAAUUCGGCACCAAGCGCUUGGCGGGUUGGCCUUCGUUGGUAUCGAACCCAUCAAAGCAGGAGCACAUCCACCGAGAGCAGCAGGUUACUUCGAUUCUUCGGUGGCAGAGGGUACACGGGUGCGGGCUCAGGAGGACCACUCCGACCGCUGCCACUUCGAGCAACGUAAGGCGGAUUGGCUGUUGGAUUGUUUACGUGGGUCAAGAAAACGGCGCACGACCGGUUGAAGAAAUUCGCGCGACGAGUGGCAAAUUGAAACUUAUUACACAAACCGACGACCUCGGAACAGGCGGUGGUGUAACUUACCCGUUUUUUUGCGUACCCGUUCGCCGCCACCGUCAUCCCAUUUUUUUUUAUCUCGCGCCGCGGUGUGUGUUCGCUCGGACGUGUGCGGUGGUGUUGUCAAUCCGUGCGAUGAGUGUGUGAACGGCGCUCGCUACUGACUGGCAGGGCCGCGGGGUGUUUCAUUUUCUUCUCGUCAUUGCGGGGGGUGCCUCGCAAAAGCCAGCGAAGCAGAACACAUCUUCGGGCGGGAAGAAGCACGGGACAAGCUCCCGCUAAUACGCGGAUAUCGUCGUCGGCAGUACCGCAUCCUCUGCGUGGAUCUCGUGAUCAUCACGCUCGUGUCGCGGCACCUCGGCCGUAUUGUCAUUCAUGCUCCGAUUUAACUCGCCAGCCGGAAUCGCAAACGGGGACAAACAUCAGACCUCCUGCUGUGCACAUUCGCCCGUCCAGUAGACGGAGGUGUGAUUUUGUCAGCGAUCGGUAUCGUAUUCUCGAGGAUCGUGAUCACCCGCACUCGAGAGCGGCGCUAACAUCGAAGGCAACGGCGACACCAGAGGAGGCUGCGUGCCAAAGAGCUCCCAACGGUAGACCACCAACCGAGUACGAAGUUCGAAGGACCAUGUAGAGCCGCGAUUAGCACCAACUAGGGCAACGAGACAACGAAAGGCCGAAGACAGGCUCGAGCAGCACGAAUCGAAUAAGUGUACAACGUAAUCACGAGUCAUUGGGGCGAGAAGCGAUUCGUCGGAGAACUGAUCGUCAUCUUCCCCAUUAUCAUAGGCGCGCUGUCAGUCACUUGCCGUAGGAAAAUUGCAUUCUGCUGCCGACAAAAACUGUGUGCUUCGUUGCACUUUUCGCGUGCCCGUGCCCUGGCGCCUCAGUGAUACCGAGAAACCGUUUUAGUGGUGCCGCUCGCUGCCUGUAACUCCCCCGUAGAGGCGAGAGAAUAUCUUCGCCGCAACAGAGUGCGCACUUGUUGUCCUCUUAUCGCAACGUUCAACUGGUUCGCGGUGGACACGAACGGACCGGGAACUUAAGAGUUCUGCCGGAACGCCAGGAACUGAUACUGUCCGAUAGCAAACCACCAACAAGCUCAUGAUGGCUCUCAGUCAGACAUCGGUGCUUAAAGUAUACCAAACGGUUAUCGACGAUGUGAUUGGCGGUGUACGGGACGCCUUUCUGGACGAGGGUGUUGACGAGCAGGUUCUGCAGGAGUUGAAGCAAAUUUGGACCUCCAAGGUGCUAGCGAACAAAGCGGUCGAAGUAGGGCCGGAAGCACAGGACCAGCAGCUACCCCCGAUUCUGGGUGGCGCCAAGUCGGUUUCGCACUCCAAGGCCAACGGAACCAAAAAAGCAAAAGCUGCGGCUGCUGCUGCGGCAGCAUCGUCUUCCGCAAACCAAGAGAAUGGUAAAACGGCUAAUAGUAGUACUGCUGCCAGCAAUAAUCUGAAAUCUGUACCAAUUAAACCGGAACCAACCGAUUCAACAGGCACUCAGAACUCGGUGAUAAAUCGGUCUACCGUACCCGCCUCGACUACCGGUCACCAGUCAUCAGGGGCCGCGCCGUCCACCGUGGUGGCUGCACUCGAUCCGAACAAGCUGGUCGCAAUCCAGAUCACGCUUCCGGCGCAACCGAACGUGGCCAACAGUCAGCCACGUGUGCUAACGAUACAGGUGCCUGCGUCCGCGUUGCAAGAGAACCAGCUCCAGCAGGUCCUCACCAGCCCAAUCAUUUCCUCCAUCAUGCCGCUACCGCCGCAAAUUGCGUCCUCAGUCCUGCAGCAGCAUGUCAACUCGUAUCUGCAAAGCAGCAGCAUGAAUAAGAAUACACUUUCGAUCCAAAAGCAAUUGGAUGGUGCCUGCGAUGAUGAUCCGAUGGGCAAAUGCCGAGAUGGACUGUUCUAUUGGCAGCUACUGCCCACACCAAGCACGAGUGGCAGCAAAAAUUCUGGCAGUGAAACCAUGGUAGCUACCAGCAGCUCCACAGCAAAGUCCGUUGGAGGUCAAAAUGUUCGUCGUCGAUUAUCAAGGGGCGGGCGAAAAGCAGCUUCAUUGUCGGCGGCCCAAGCCGAAGUGAUAAUCCGGAUCUGUCAGCUGGAUGGUGCAGUCGAUACGUCGGAUGAGGAAGCGAGCGACAUAAGCGAUGACAACAUUCCUGACGAUGACGACGAGGAUUUGGAUAAAGAAGAAGAGGAUGAUUUGGAUGCAGAGGGCGGUGCCGAGGAGGAACCGCUGAACAGUGAGGACGAUGUCACGGAUGAAGAUGCGUCCGACCUGUUCGAAACGGAUAAUGUUGUCGUGUGCCAGUAUGACAAGAUCACCCGAUCUCGAAAUAAGUGGAAGUUUUAUCUAAAAGACGGUAUCAUGCAUAUUAAUGGUAAGGACUUCGUGUUUCAGAAAUCGAACGGUGAUGCCGAAUGGUAAGAAAAGGUAGGGUGGUGUUAUUUUUUUUACUGAGUUCGUUGUGGUCAGUAAACUGUCAGGGGUCAGCUAAGGUCAGUUGUACAUGGCUUCAAUCGGAUGGUAAAAACAUGUUGCAUCAUAUAGAGCAUCGGAAUGUUGGGAUUGGAAAAGGAUACACAGCUAUGUUCAAUUAUGGCGCUCUGAAGCUCGAGAUCAAUAGGAACGUGUGAAAUAUAGUGGCAGUAACAAGCGCUAGUAAAUGUAGAUUAGAAGUAAGAAUGCGCCUCAGUUUCUACCCCUUUUUGCGGAAACAAAACAAAGCAAACAAAAAUACAUAAACGUGCUUUAUUGUGUGUCGUCUUUAAAAAAGCUACUGAACCAAAUAGAAAAAAAGAUUUGAUUCUCGCAAUGAUUUCACUAUAUCCAGCAUGCCUUUUAACGUGUUUUUGGCCGUAUUGUAGGAUGAAAAUGGUACGACGAAGACUUACGUUUCGGAUAACCGAAACAUUCGAUUCUCUGACGAAAAAGCCUUACACAACCCGCCAGCAAUGGUUGAUUGCGAAACGAAAACCUUUAUGAUCACAUUUAGGGGUCACCAUUUAAAACUUUUGUCUCAUCCGCAUCAGAAUGGUGUCUUUCGCGAUUACUAGCUGAACUAGCGACGUGAUAGUAAUCAACUGCUAUUGGAAAAACAUUGAGCAAUACAUUUUCACACAUUCGGCACCUUUCCCUAGAAGCAACUGCAUUCUAUUCUGGAGAUAUUUUCUCCCUUAUCAAUGUAGUGCGGUUCUCUAUGAAAAGAAAGUAGAACAAGUUGUGUCAUGUUGGACAGUGAUGGGUAUUAAAGUUGCAUUACUUGUUUGUUUCUGUUUUUUUGCUAAAAUAAAAAUAACACAACGGAAAGUAACGAACCUUGAAACAGAAAACGUCAUGAGAAAACUUUUAUGGAAAAGUUGGGCGUUUUCUUAAGCUCGAAUCUUACUUUUUGUUUUGAAAUUGAACUAUUGCCAUGCUUGGAAGCGUUGAACAGCAAACUAUCCAAGACCGGAUUAACAUUCUAU